AUGAGGGAGGCUCUCACAUCUUUUGUGCACCCAGAGAGCAUCAAGGCGGCUCUGAAAGACAAAUCCCUCUUAUAUGAAAAAUCAUUUAUCGGUGGCGAGUGGGUUGGCGGGAGCAGCACUUUUCCCGUCUAUGACCCUGCCACCAACAAAGUCAUCGCCAACAUCCCAAACCUCUUAACCAAAGAUUUCACAAAGGCAAUUGAACAUGCUCACAUAGCUUUCAAGACAUUUAGGAGAACGCAAGAGACCGCUCGAGCAAAGAUGCUACAUAGUUGGGCGGCGCUUAUUCGUGAACAUGCCAAAGACCUCGGUGUGCUCCUGACGAUGGAGAACGGAAAGACUCUAGCGGAGGCGGAGGGCGAGGUCGAGUACGGCGCCUCAUUCAUUACCUGGUUUGCGGAGGAAGCAGUGCGAUCGUAUGGGGAUGUGAUUCCUUCUCAACACAAAGGCAGCACAAACCUCGUUAUACGUCAACCCAUCGGCGUCUGCGGUAUCAUUGCUCCCUGGAACUUUCCCAUUGCUAUGAUUACGCGGAAGCUAGCGCCUGCAAUAGCAGCAGGAUGCACAGUCGUUGUAAAGCCGCCGAGUGAGACGCCACUGUGUACUCUGGCACUAACGGCCCUAGCCAUUCAAGCGGGCAUUCCACCAAAUGUCAUCCAAGUCGUCACGACAAAAGAUCGGAAUGCUGUGACAGAGCUGUAUACGCAUCCGCUAGUGAAGAAAGUCAGCUUCACAGGCUCAACCGGAGUUGGAAAACUCAUCACAGAAAGGGCAGCAGGGACGAUGAAAAAGGUUAGUAUGGAGCUCGGUGGAAAUGCUCCAUACAUUGUAUUCAACGACGCUGAUGUUGAUAUUGCUGUUGAUGGCGUGUUGACGUGUAAAUUCCGCUGCAGCGGACAGACAUGCGUAUGCGCAAACCGGCUCUAUGUUCAAUGCGGGAUCCACGACGUGUUCGUGAAGAAGUUACAAGAGCGCAUGUCUACCUUCAAGAUUGGCAGCGGGCUCGACCCAGCUGUCACACACGGCCCGCUAGUGAACAUGGCUGGAGUGAAGAAGACAAAGGAGCACAUCGAAGAUGCCGUAUCUAAGGGGGCCACACUAGUCGCCGGCGGGACAAGUCCAGACUCCGAAGGCUAUCUGAUCCAGCCGGCCCUGCUCACAGGCGUCACCUCCGAGAUGCUAGUCGCACGGGAGGAGACCUUUGGGCCACUCGCGCCCGUGUUCAAAUUUGAAACGGAAGAGGAUGUCAUUAAACAGGCAAACGAUACGGAGUUUGGACUGGCGAGUUACCUCUUCUCGAACGACCUGAGACGGAUCUGGAGGGUGGCAAACGCCCUGGAAGUGGGCAUGGUUGGGGUCAACACUGGAAUGAUCAGCGCGUGUGAGACGCCCUUUGGUGGGAUUAAGGAAAGCGGACUGGGGAAGGAAGGGAGCAAGUAUGGACUGGCUGAGUUCCAGGUCAUGAAAAAUAUCACGUUAGGAAGCUUACACUAA